AGCAGCGUGACGUAGACUGUUUUGGUUUAGAUGGCGGGAUGCGAAUGUUUCACUCUCCAUGUUGCUCCUUAUUCUUACACUCAUUAAUCUUAGCUGAAACCAGCUGACAUUUCGGUGGAUUCUGUCUUUUCCGGCGUUAGCUGGAGCUUCACUGUUUAGUUCAGGAGACUGAGUUACUUAGAUUCACCGCUAGUUUAUCCUGACAGGUUUGCUAACGUUAGCUAGGAAGCAGCGUCCUGAUUUAGAAGCCGGAAGUUGGACGGAGAACGUAACAAAGUUUAAUGGAGAACUCACUGGUAAAAGACAACCCGCUGUUUUUACCUCUCAACAAGGAUAAAACUGUCUAUGACGGAUUUAUCACUGUUCAGGACAGAGACUUAAGAAUGAGGAUAGUGCUACCACCAGAUCGUCAACUCAAGAGGGCCAAGCUGCACUGCUGUUGGCAGUUAAGGCACCUGUUGCGUGGAUAUGAGCAUAUAGUGAAGCAGAGGCUGCAGCAGUCGGCUGAUCUUGUCAGUUUCAUUCUGGAGCUAAAGACUGUCUUGGAAGUGGGUCUGAAGAGCCACCCUGAGUGCCGCUCCAUUCCGCCUCCGCAGUAUUACUCUCAGCUCAUCUCUGAGAUGGAGACCCUUGGGUGGGACAAGCUGCUCUUCAUAGACACACAGUUCCGAACGCUGAGACUGAAAGCGGAGGACUCGUCUGCAAGGCAGCACAUUCUAACUAUUAAACUGAAGUCGAAGCACCCUGCGGAGGCUCCUGAAUGCUCAGCUGACCUACCAGUCCCUUUGGCUUUAACAUGGACUGCACAGAGUACUCUGGAGCAGAUCCACAGCCAGUUCCUGCUAUGUCUGCAGUCCCUGGCAGAGUUCUGGGAUGUUCUAGAUGAAAUUGACACCAAAACUUGGAUUCUGGAGCCAGAGAAACCAAGCCGGUCCGAUACUAUGCGGCGAAUUGCCAUUGGAAACAACGUAUCCAUCAAAGUGGAGGUGGAUCCCAGACACCCAAAGAUGCUGCCAGAGUGCUGUCUGCUGGGAGCAGAGCAUGUCGUGACUCCGCUGAGGAAUAAGCUGAAUGCCAACAUGCACUUGUGGAUUUCAAUGUUGAGUGUGGCAUCUGUUACUCCUAUCGUCUUGAAGCUGCUAUCCCUGAUCAGGUGUGUAAUGACCCUCACUGUGGCCAGCCCUUCCACCAGGCCUGUCUCUAUGAGUGGCUGCGGGCGCUCCCCACCAGCAGACAGAGCUUCAGCAUUGUUUUUGGAGAGUGUCCUUACUGCAGCAAGGUAUGUCUGCACCUCACAGUGUGACUGACAGCUGCCGUCACAGCGCUUCAGAAAGGCCUUCCCUCACACUCAAUAGAUAUUCAGCAUACUUAAUUAGCACAGCUCUAUACAUCACGUUGCCUUCUCUCCUCUGAAAGGCCGCUGAGUGCGGUCGCUACAAUACGCUGCAUUCAGACACUUUCACCGACGCUACUCCUUGUCUGACAAAGGAGUAAGUAUGUGACACUGGAUGUGUGUGAAUACAGCACAUCAUCGAUUCAGAGUCAAAGACAGUUUUAUUUGUGCAUGUGAUUUUUAGUGAAAAAUGAGAGCCCACUUCAAUAUUUUUUUUAAAAAGCAAUCCUUCAAACCCCAUUUAACUUUGCAGAACAUUUAACAGGCAGAAUAAACUGAGGUUUCUCUUUCUAUUUCAGCCUAUUACUGUGAAAAUGGCAGCCCAGAAGUCCUGAGAAGAGGCUUUGUGUCCCCAGCAGCUCCAUCUCCAUUUUUGGAAGCAGCUUAGAAAGAUGCUAUUUAAACUGGCAGAUCCCUUACCUGCUCAGAAGUCAUUUUUUCUAUUCAAAUGGGUUUAAAUGCACUUUGGCAAACUCUAAAACGGCAACCACCAAAAGGAAGGCACCCAAAACGAUAAAGCAGGACAUCAGUCCUUGUGUCUGUGUGGAACCAGCGUCCUGUCCUGUACUGUCUCUGUGCUUAUACCAGUGCUGGCUGCACCUCUGCUGCUGAUGGCUGUGGCCUUUCCUGUCAUGGAGUGGCCCUUCAUCCCAUCUUUCUGUAUACUCCAUGUUUGUUUGCCUCUUAAUGUCACAGUUUGCCCAUUCAGGUUUUCUCCUUUGCAUAUGGACUCGUUCCCAUCUCUCAGAGGUCACAGUCUGGUCGUCCCUUUUCCUGCCGGUCCAUGUGGAUUCAGUUUUCUGUUAAAGAGGGUAAUUCAAGUGUAUGCUCUUUUACAAUGUGCACUGUAUGAGAUGAAAGGCUUAAAGUGGCAACUGCAUACUUUCCUAUCUCUUUGCAACCUUCUUGAAACCUGGAGUCACAGUGGGAUGUAUUAAGAUUGUAUGGCACAUUCAUGAAGAUUAACUGUCAAUAAAAUAUUGGUUUUGGA